GAUCGAAAUUCUAAUUCCAAUUCUGAUUUAGGGUGGAUUUUGUUAAAAGACUGUGUAGAGAGGGUAUUGGUAUGAUGAGCUGUUAUCCUAAUCUGUGGAUUCUUACAACAACUGUACUCCUAUCAUGUCUUUUUAUAUCGUCUGUUACUCAAACCAUAUCAUCUGCUGAUAACGGAGGAACAUGUGAUGCAAGUGGUUGUCCAACAGAAAGUGAUAAUGCAAAAUUUUCUGAUAAUGCUGAUGAUUGGAUUAUGCCAAAUGCUUUAUUUGAAUCAAACCUUGUGGAACUUGCAAAUACCAAUUUGGGAGUGAUUUCUGGGAAUAUCCCAUCCUGGCUUGAUGGAACACUUUACAGAGUUGGGCCAGGGCUUUACGAACUUGGAAACAGAAGGGUUAAUAAUAUGGUCGAUGCAUUAAGCAAAGUUUGCAGAUGGUCAUUUAAUAAUGGUGAGGCAACUUUUUCUACAAGCUUUCUGAAAAGCAGUAUUUACAACAGAACAAAAGAAAAUGAAGAGCUUGUUGCCAUUCGCCAUCUUGGGCAAAUGCACCCUCCAGCUACUACUAUGGAAAAGAUUCAAAUCAUGUUUUAUGACAGCUUGCCUGAUAACAACAACAUUGCUGCCUGGGAGUUAGGAAAGUCUGGGGUCACCAUUACAGCUGAAAGCCAUGUGUACAUCGAUGUGGACUUUAAGUCUUUGGAAUUUCAAAAGAAAUAUAGUGCAAAAUCUGAUAACACUGGAAUGUUUGAGCAAGAGUUUUUGUCAGCCAGUCACUUUUGGAGGCAUCCUUCUUCUGGUGAUAGUAUCAACUAUAAGAUUGUCAUACCUCUAGAUAAAGGGUUUAUCAGCAAAAAUGAAGGUCCUGCUUAUCAUCUAUACAGAUACAAAGAAAAUGAAGAAGGACAAAUUGAUGCUAAAUUUGUGGGAAGAGUACCGAUUGAAAAAGGGGAUUUCAGGGUUGUUCACACUCUUGGGGCUACAGAAAACUUCAUUGUUUUACCUCGCUUCAGCUUGUAUGUCGAUUUCAAUGACCCUGUAGAACUUGGACAAAAUAUAAAGUUUAGCUCAUCCAAGCCAGUCUUUAUGGACGUUGUUUCUCUGAAAGAUGGAAGCCGAAAGCAAUUUACUUUCAAAGCACAUGAGGCUCAACAUAUUUUCAAUUCAUAUGAACGAUACAAUGAUAAAAAUGAACUUGAGAUUGUUGUUGACUACCCUACUUUGGAUAGCGUUGAUAAUGUUCCUGACAAGAACAUAUUCGAACUACUCAACAUUGAAACGUUGACUGAUCCCAACUUUCAAUACAAAGAACACUGGGAAGCCUACACAACAUUUAGGAUCCGUCGAUUUAUUCUCAACAUGGACACUGGAACUGGUCACAUAUAUGACUACCCCCAAAUGUGGUCACCCUUAAAUCUGCAAGUGGAGUUUCCAUACAUCAAUGAUGCUUACAGGGGACUGCCAUAUUGCUAUGUUUACCUUCAAACAUGGAACCAAGAUGCACAUAAUGCAAUGGGAAUCAUGAAGGUCGACAUGUGCAAGGAAAAAAGUAUUGGCUGGCAGGAAGUAAAUAAAUUCCCUGUUGAACCUGUUUUUGCUGCUCGUCCUGGUGCAACUGAUGAAGAUGAUGGAAUCAUCAUGUCCCCUGUUCUUGACUCAACCACUAACUCAACUGCACUGUACAUUUGGGAUGCAAAGAAUCUGGAAGUUCUGACGAUUUUGAACACUCCAGUUACGGUACCUUUUACUCUACAUGGUGUUUGGAUCAAUGGGUUACAGUGUAGUAUGGUUAUGUUUCAUCUCCUCCUCGUUUGUCUUGCUUCAUUGACAAAAAGUGAGGAGACAUGCUCAGCAGAUUCGCCAGAAAGCAGCUGCCGCUCUAAAUACGCUCAGUUUGACUUCAAAGGCUGGGAGCUUCCUCUGGCUCUAUAUUCUAACCAGCUUAAUGAAGUUACUGAUGUGGAGGUGACAGUAAAGUUUGGAUCCCUGCCAGAAUAUCUUCAUGGGUCCUUGUACCGGGUGGGACCUGCACUUUACUCUCUUGGUGGUGAAAGAAGGGUUAAUAAUCUCAUUGACGGGCUGGCAAAGCUUCACAGAUGGUCGUUUAACAAAGAGACAGGGAAAGUGAGGGUAUCUUCUAAAUUUGUGAGGAGUGAUGUGUAUAACAGAACUAUUGCUGCCCAGGAACUACCUCCGAUCCAAUACAUGGGUGAGAUACAUCCACCGCUUACCGAAAAGCUCAAAAUUCUGUUCUAUGAUCCGCCCAAUGACAACACCAAUGUGGCAGUUUGGGACCUUGGCUCGUUAGGUGUGACAACAACAACAGAACAACCUCGGUACAUUGAUAAUGACUACAUUACAUUGGACUUCUUGCGGGAAUAUGUUCCUCCUUCCUGGGACAAGAGUCUAUUUGAAAUGGAGUUCCUUUCAGCAAGCCAUUUUAACAGACAUCCAACAACUGAUGCUAGUAUCAACUACAAGAUACACCUUCCUUUUGACAUGGGCAUUUUUAGUGGUAAAAACUCUCCGGCCUAUCAUUUCUACGAGUAUGAAACUAAUUCGGCUGGAGAGAUUGUGACUAAAUCAUUGGGAUAUAUCUCUGUUCCUUCAGAUGACCUUAGAAUUGUACACUCAUUUGGUGUAACAGGGCAUUAUGUGAUAUUACCAAGAUUUAACAUGUUCCUUGACCGUAAAGAUCCCAUAUCCAUCGGAGCUAACAUUUAUUGGGAUGCUACUAGACCAACAGUCUUUGACAUCUUAUCCCUGGAAACGAAGGAAACUUUGUCGUUUAAGUUCACCGCUUACGAAGCUCAGCACAUUAUAAACUCAUUCGAACAGCAGAAUAGCAAGGGAGAGCUGGAGAUUGUCCUUGACUUUCCAACUAGAGUUUACCCAGUAAGUUUUCAUGAGGAAACUGUAUACGAUAUGCUCAAUAUCGACAAGAUAAAAGACCCAAAUUGGAAACAAAGUGAGGAAGAGAUAAGGAUCAACGACAGGGCUCGUAUCACACGAUUUAUACUGAACACUGUGACUGGUGAGGGGAGAGACAAGGAUUUCCCCGUCAUGUGGAAUGCUCCAAAAUAUUCAGGAAUUGAAUUUCCCACAUUCAACCCUAACUUUAGAGGAGCCCCCUACUGUUUCACUUACUUGCAGGUCUCUAAUCGGGAUCUAGGAGGUGCUAUGGGGAUUAUAAAACUGGACCUUUGUAAAGAAGAAAGUAUUGGAUGGGAAGAGAAGAACAAGUUUCCUGUUGAGCCGAUUUUUGUUCCCCGACCAGAUUCUACUGACGAAGAUGACGGAGUUGUCAUGUCACCUGUCCUAGAUUCCACAGAUAACUCCACCUCACUUUACAUUUGGAAUGCUAAGAAUCUAGAGGUGGUUGCGAUUGUGGACACUCCUGUUAUUGUACCUUUUACGCUUCAUGGGCUGUGGUUUGAUGGAAUAUGAACCGUUUGGUUUUCAACCCUUUUCACUCUUGAUGGUGUAACUUAUUACAGCUUGUGAAGAAGUCAGAGGAUAACCCCGAUCUCAGACAUUUCAUCA